UAGCAUCUUUGCAAGGAGAUACAUGCCCUGUAUGCUCCUUCAAGUCUGCAGACUGGCAGUUAAAUCUAAUAUCUUUACGUUUUCCAGGUGAAGUCGUGAAAAGGAAGCGACAAGCUUGUUUCUCUUGAAAGAUAUCCCCAAUUUGCAGCAGCUCUUUCUACUUGUGUGGAGACUCGAGUGGAUUGACGACAAUGAAGCCUAAGACUAGACUUGCAUUGAUUUGUUAUGUUGUGGAAGUAUUGACCCUUUGUUUAUGAUUUCCUUAUGGCUUUUAUAAAAAAAGUAAGAAAUUCAUCCAUCCCAUUGUCUAAUGUCUAUGUAUAAACGGGAACUGUUUGUUCUUUCUAGUUAAUUGUGUGGUUAGCAACAAAUAAUGGGCUUAGGCCCAACGUAACACAAAUCAAGAUCCAUAAUUCGUUAGUGUUAGCAUAAAGCGAACGCGUGAAUCAUGUAACGACGAAAACACCAGAUUUUCUUUGUUGAGACUUGAGAGAAAGACGAGCGUUGACAUAUGGCGGAAGCUGUUGUGUCCAAUGUUGCCGCAAGACUUGGCGACUUGGUAAUUCAAGAAGCUAAAUUGUUGCGGGGCGUGAAUGAUCAAGUUAAGCGUUUGCAAAUGGAGCUCGUUUGGAUGAAGAGCUUCUUAAAAGAGGCAGAUUCGAGGCAAGCUGAGAAUGAGAUGGUUCGUAUGUGGGUUGCUGAAAUUAGAGAGAUUGCUUAUGAUGCUGAGGAUGUUAUUGAAACUUUUGCUCUCAAAAUUGCAUCCAAAAGGAGGGGAGGUAUUUCAAAUUUCGUCAAAAGAUCUGCUUGCAUCUGCAAAGAAGGAUGGAUGCGUCACAAGGUCAAGUCAGACAUUGAAGGAAUCAUAAGCAGAAUCUCUUACUUAAGUCAACGGUUACAGGUCUAUGGCAUAAAACAACUAACGGAUGGAGCAAGCUCAAGUGCUUCACCGAUAAUGCGCGGUGACACCGAUGACAUCGAGAACCAAAUUGGGGUCGAUAGAAGCUCUGAGGAUAAAGCGAGGAGAGUGGAGGCGCAGAAACCCCAAGUUUUUGUGUUUCUUUCUGAUAGCAGAAGCACCGCCGAGGGGCCUGAGAACUAUGUGAUUGAGGAAAAAAUGGAAGAGUUGGGGAAGGACAUGGUUGAACAGUGUGCUGGGUUGCCAUUAGCCAUUGUUGUUCUAGGAGGAGUUUUGGUUACAAAGCAUUCAUUAAAUGAUUGGCAAAUAGUGCACGAAAAUUUGAAGUCAUACAUAAGGAAAGAUAGAAGUCAAAAAAAGCGGAAAGAUAGAAGUUGGGGAGUCCAUGAAGCAAUAGCUUUAAGUUAUGAUAAUUUGCCACCCUAUUUAAAACCGUGCUUUUUGUAUUUGAGUGUUUUCCCAGAGGAUUACGAGAUUCCUGUUGGUAAAUUGGUCAAAUUAUGGGUGGCGGAAGAUAUAGUGCCACUAGAAGAAAGUGAAGAAGAUGGAGAAGAAAUGAUGGAAGAUGUGGCAGAAGGUUACUUAAAUGAGCUUGUAGAAAGAUACAUGGUGCUAGUGGGAGAACGAGAUGCAAGCUCAAAGAUCAAAACAUGCCGGAUGCAUGAUCUCAUCAGAGACUUUUGCUUGUUGAAAGCAAAACAAGAAAAUUUCAUCUACGUUCUUGAUCGUCUUCAAAUGGAGCAAGCUGAUGUUAGCAGCUUGUCCCCUCCAAUUGGUAAAUUUCGCAGGCUUGGCAUUAAUGAUUGGAAUCUGAUAAAUAGGAUUACAAACCCACAUCUCCGAUCUGCACUGUUCUUUGAUGAAAACGUUUGGAAAGAGUUUGAGGAAAGGUCUUUUUUAGUCAAAUGGCUGGAGAAAAUAGACUAUAGCCACAGUUGUUCUAUUGCUAUGGGUACUUUGUCCGCAUUCUUAACGCUUUUUGUACUCUGUGAGUUUAGUCAUAAAACUCGAGCGUUAACGAGAUACAUUUGCAACAAUUUCAAAUUGCUCAGAAUCCUAGAUUUUGGAGAUGUGGAUAUGUCACUUAUCCUCAUAUUAUUGAGUGAUAUAGGUAGUCUCAUCCAUUUGAGAUUUUUGAGUUUUCAGAGCUGUGCUUUCGUGGCAAUGUUGCCAUCAUUUAUAAGCAAGUUAAGCACCAAGAAUUGUUAUCUUGAGAACAUUCACUGCAUGAAAUAUCUUAGAGAACUGGGGAUAAGGACUCCCUUCAUUGUUGAAAACUUUAGGGAGGACUUGAAUUUGAACACGCCGGUUAUCACAAGUAAACGUCUUCGAUCUUUGUCCAUUCGGGGUUCUAAAUUUACUGAGCCAAGGCAUGUGACAUACCUGCUCUCUAGCUGCCUUAAUAUCCAUGAGUUGCGUUUAUCUGUUGAGAUAAGGAAGUUACCUCAGCACAUCCCUUCAAAUAUUGCUCACAUUUGCUUGUGUUGGACUAGACUCGAUGAAGAUCCAUUGCCAACACUACAGAAGCUACCUAAUCUAAGGAUUCUCGAAUUAGAAGCAUAUGCUUUUUUUUUUCUCUGUUAUUUCCCAGGCUAUGUGAUUGAGGGAGAAAAGGAAGAGUUGGGGAAGGACAUGGUUAAACAGUGUGCUGGGUUGCCAUUAGCCAUUGUUGUUCUAGGAGGAAUUUUGGUUACAAAGCAUCCAAUAGAUGAUUGGCGAAUAAUGGGUGAAAAUGUGAAGUCAAGGAAAGAUAGAAGUCAAAAAAAAGGGAAAGAUGGAAGUUGGGAAAUCCACGAAGCAGUAGCUUUAAGUUAUGACAAUUUGCCACCCUAUUUAAAACCAUGCUUUUUGUAUUUGAGUGUUUUCCCUGAAGAUUACGAGAUUCCUGUUAGUAAAUUGAUCAAAUUAUGGGUGGCAGAAGAUCUUGUACCACUAGAAGAAAGUGCAGAGGAUGGAGAAGAAAUGAUAGAAGAUGUGGCAGAAGGCUACUUAAAUGAGCUUGUAGAAAGAUACAUGGUGCUAGUGGGAGAACGAGAUGUAAGCUCAAAGAUCAAAACAUGCCGGAUGCAUGAUCUUAUAAGAGAUUUCUGCUUGUUGAAAGCAAAACAAGAAACUUUCAUCUACGUUCUUGAUCGUCUUCAAAUGGAGCAAGCAGACGUCAGCAGCUUGUCCCCUCCAAUUGGUAAAUUUCGCAGGCUUGGCAUUAAUCAUUUGGAUCUAAUAAAUAGGAUUAAAAACCCACAUCUCAGAUCUGCAUUGUUCUUUGAUCAAAACUAUAGGAGAGAGUUUGAAGAAAGGUCUUCUGUCGUCAAAUGGGUGGAGAAAAUAGUGGGUAGCACAAGUAGUCUUGUGGUUAUGAUGACUUUGACCACAUUCAUAAUGCUUUUUUUGGUCUAUGAGAUAAGGCAUGAAACUCGAAAGUUAACGAGAUACAUUUGCAAAAAUUUCAAAUUGCUUAGAAUCCUAGAUUUUAGAGAUGCAGAUAUUCAAUUUCUCAGCAUCUUACUAAGUGAUAUAGGUAGUCUCAUCCAUUUGAGAUUUUUGAGUCUUGGGACCAGUUUCCUGGCAAUGUUGCCAUCAUUUAUAAGCAAAUUAAGGUGCUUGCAAACCUUGGAUCUAAGCAAUUGUGUUGGGGUUUAUGUACCUAAUGUUCUAUGGAAAUUGGAGCGGUUGAGGCAUUUGUAUCUCCCUCAAGUGAUGGUUAGUACGAGAACCAAGUUGAAAUUGGAUGCUUUGAAAAAUCUGCAAACGCUUGUGAAUUUCAACACCAAGAAUUGUUAUCUUGAAAACAUUCACUGCAUGAAAUAUCUUAGAGAACUGGGGAUAAGAACUCCCUUCGUUGUUGAAAACUUCAGGGAGGACUUGAGUUUGAACACGCCGGUUAUCACAAGUAAACAUCUUCGAUCCUUGUCCAUUGUUAGGAAUGAUGAUGAACAUGAAAGGAUAGAUCCACGGCAUUUGACAUACCUGCUCUCUGGCUGCAUCAACAUCCGUGAGCUGCAUUUAUCUGCCGAGAUAAGGAAGUUACCCGAACCUCAGCACAUCCCUUCAAAUAUUGCUCACAUUUGCUUGGGUUGGGCUAGACUCAAUGAAGAUCCAUUGCCAACGCUGCAAAACCUACCUAAUCUAAGGAUUCUCGAAUUAGAAGAAUAUGCGUUCGUCGGAGAGGUAAUCUUUCGUUACCCAUUUCUAAGCUUACUUUCUUUUGAAUUUAUUGAAGUGAAAUUGAUUGAUUCGAUCAAUAAUGUUUAG